AUGUCCUCGGGCCAAGAAGCCACUUUGCCGGAGGACCUCGGGCGUCAUCUGGAGAGACUGCGGCGCACCAAACGCGAGCUGGUCGAAGAGGUGAAGCUCCUGCAUAAGCGUGUGCUCAAGAUCGAGAACUGCCUGGAGCUGCUUGAAGGUCGCACCGACGAUCUACCCUGCACGUUCUGCAGGGGCCUGGUCUACCAGCAGAGCACUGUCCGGGCACUGCGCGAGGGGCUGUCCGCCAGCCUCGCCGUCAAUGGCGAUUUGUACAGCGAGGCCCAUGGCCGGCUGAUGAGCCUGCAUGAGCAGAUACGUCUGGCGGAGGGGGCUAGUAACCAAAACAACCGCAGAUUCGGCGCGCCUGAAGGCUGA